AGUGAUCCUCCUGCCUCAGCCUCCCAAAGUGCUGGGAUUACAAGCAUGAGCCACUGCGCCUGGCCCAAAGUGCUUUCUUAACUGUAUUGACUCAUCUUUUUGUCACAACAGGGCUAUAGUAGGUGUUAUAAUUAUCCGUAUUUUACAAACAGGGUAUUGAGGCUCCUAGAGUAAGGGUUGGAACUGAAACUUGAACCCAGACAAUCCUGCCCCAGAGGCUAGGCUCUUAACCACAAAUCCACCAUGUACAUCAAUAUUGUGCCUUUCAGAGAAAGAAAACAUCUCUGUUCCACAAUUCUCAGCAAACAUCCUAAGAUCGGUUCUGAUUGGAUUGGCUUAGUCUGCCUGAACUAAUCAUUGUGGUGGAAUUUGCUGAUUGGCCUAGCCUGAGUUUUGUGCAGGAUGGGAAAAUUCUGACAGGGUUGGGUGCUGGUUUUACCUGGUGUUCCCACAGCUGGGAGCACACCCACAUGGUUGGUGUGCAGGAUAUUUUGCUGGACCUUAGAAAAGCCACCACCACUUGUGGGCCAUGAUGCUACCCCAAUGGCUACUGCUGCUGUUCCUUCUAUUCUCCUUUCUCUUCCUCCUCACCAGGGUUUCUCCAACAAAAUACAACCUUUUGGACCUCAAGGAGAUUUGCAUCCGGAACCAGGACUGCCAGACUGGGUGCUGCCGACGGGCUCCAGACAUCUGCGAGUCGCACUGCACGGAGAAGGGGUCCGAGGGCAGCCUGUGUCAAAUGCUGGCAUUCUUUGGCCAAUAUAGACAGUGUCCCUGCCUGCAGAACCUGACUUGUGUAUAUUGGAAGAGUGAGAAAUGGUCUGCCAUUGCCUAUGGCCGUUGUAAGAAAAUUGGAAGGCAGAAGCUGGCUAAGAAAAUGUUUCUAGCGCUCCCUCCUUCUUGCUGCCUCCUCCUACACCUGCUGUCCUCCCUACCCAGAGCUCUGUGCUCUCCCUGUUCCCCAGAGCCUCUGCCCUGA